AUGAAAGUGGUGCUGAGCAAGUGCCGCGAGGCCGUUUCUUCCAACACGUGCGAGUACUUCGCCACGUGGCCUUUCAGGGGCAACCUCUGCGGCAUGGUCAGGGCCAAGGGCAUGAUGUGGAGCAGCUUCAUGCGGGCUUUUCAACCGGAUCUCGAGUGCCCCAUCAGUAAGGGUCUCUACAAGGUUGAAAACGCAACCAUUGAUGUGUCGCUCGGAGAAACCAUCGCACACAUUGACAUAGCUGGCAACGUCUGGACAGUCGAGGUUACCAUAACAGACGAGCAAGAAAAGUUAUGGUCGUGUCUGAACACUGCUGUCUUGAUCAAUAGAGUCAAUAUUAAGGAAUGAA